UGCUUCACCCUGGUGCUCUCCGUGCCCCCCCAGUAUCCCAACAAAGCUCCGGAAAUCUUCAUCAGGAACCCCCGGGGGUUGUCAGAUGAGCAAAUUCAAAAGAUUUCCCAGACCCUCAGAAGCGUUGCUGAAGCCAGGCUGGGGACAGAGGUGCUCUAUGAACUGAUUGAGAAGGGGAAGGAGAUUCUCACUGACAACAACAUCCCUCAUGGCCAGUGUGUGAUCUGUCUGUAUGGAUUCCAGGAGAGAGAAGCCUUCACAAAGACCCAGUGCUACCACUACUUCCACUCCCACUGCCUGGCCCGCUAUGCCCAGCACAUGGAGGAAGAGAUCCUCAUGCAGCAGGAGGAGAGAGAGCAGCACCUGGCACCAUCCCCCAAACAGGAGGCUGGCGUACAGUGCCCUGUCUGCCGGGAGACCCUGGUCUACGAUCUCUGCGCUCUGAAGGCAGCACCACCCCCACAGCACCCGCUGGAGCCCUACCGGCCAGACGCCAAGACCCUGCAGCACCAAGAGGAACUGCGCUUAAUUUUCAAGAGGCAGCAAGAGAAAGGGGGUAUCAUCGACCCCGAGGCAGAGCGGAACCGUUACUUCAUCAGCCUGCAGGCG